UUUCUUUUUUCUUUUAGAAAUUCAAAUUUAAAUAAUUUUGUAGUUUGACAAUGAACACUCUGAAAAACACAGCUAUACAGCACUAGUCAAAACAAUACACCCAAACAGAUGAAGAAACAUGUUCAGACAUUCAGAAAAACACAGAGCUGAACAAAACACUCCCCUCCCUCCACUCACAGCUCUCACAGAACACAAGAUAAGUAGACGAGCCAGUGCAAAUGCUGUAAAUUUCUUGCAAUAAUGUUCAGUGAUAUCUCCCAAAGAUUUCUGAAUUUUUGCACAUUUUUUUUCUAUAUAUAUUGUCCAUAUGGCAACUAGUAAAUACACAAAGAUUCAUCACGCCAGCAUAUGUGGAAGUAUUUAAACCAUGUGUGUUACAAUUAACCCCGCGUUAGGUUGUGCCCCGCGCUCUCCUAUGUUUCUGUCAAUGGAUACACAUUCUGGCUCCCCAAUAUGUUAAAACACUAACACUUUAGUAUAGGGAACAUGUAUUCACUAUUAACUACGACUUUUCCCUCAAUAAACUCCCAAUUUAAUACUUAGUAAGUUAAUUGUUAAGUUUAGAUAUUGGGUAGGAUUAAGAGUGUAAAAUAAGGCAUUAAUAUGUGCUUAAUAAGUACUAAUAAACAGCAAAUAUUCUAGUAAUAUGCAUCAUAAUUAGCAACUAGUUAAAAGAACCUAAAAUAAAGUGUUAUCUUUGUUGUUUCUCUUUCCUUCAGUGAUUCUGCUUAUUAACAUCAGGUGUCACCACUAAUCAUCACUUAAUUAAUCACUUAAUUAUCUCAUUAACUUCAACACUGUUUCAGUGUUAUUUUAACACCCUGUAGUGUGCACACAUGAACACUGGGUGGUGUUAAUUUAACACUGGGGAUUUUGCUGAGUAUUAUAAGUAUACUUGGAUUGUAGUCGUGUUUACUCUUUUGAUUAAGUAGCCUAUUACUUUUUUCAGUUUUACAUUGUCUCUUAUAAACUUACACUGUUUGAAAAUACUGAUUUAUAAAGGAAACUUACAAGUAUAACUGCACUACAAAACUACUAAACUAAUAGUUUACUGAGAGUAUACUUCAUAAACUAAAAACGUGCUACAAAUAUUAUAGUAAAUAUCAUAUCAUGCCUAUAAGUUCCCUUGUAGUAUAGUUGCAGUUAUGUACUCAAAGUUUACUACUGUUGCAUUUAAAGUAUACAUUUUCACACCAUAAUAAUUGGGCCAAUAUAGUCCCAAGUAGUAUUGAAAUAGUACACUUUCAAGUGUACUUCUAGUACAUUGAUAUUAGUAUACUUACUACAUAAAGUAUACUUAAAAUAUACUUGAACUUUAAUCAAGUAGGAUUAUUUGAUAAAGUGAACUCGAAGUAUCAUAUACUUAUUUUUGUAAGGGACCUGGCACAUUUACUUCCUUGACUAGUGUGAACUAUAAUGCCAAAGACUGAUUUCUAUUUCUUUUGAUCAGAUUUGAUUAUUCUUCUUGAACAGUGUAAAAAGCACAAACACAUUUUUAAGAUUUUAAAUCUGUUUUAAACAAUUUUGAAAAAGAUAUGUGAAAUAAAACAAAGAACCUCAGAAAGAACCAUUUUGUUUUGUUUAUAGUUAUAUUAUGUGAUCGUAAUAAUAAAUGCAAACAUAUAAUGUAUUCACUUGUGUUUUCUUAAUCACAGCAACAGCUGGCAUUAUUUAAAAGUCACCGCUGGUGCAGCAGAAUGGAUGAACCUCCCAGAAUGCUAUCUGAUGUUUUUCAUCUCAAAGAGCAAUUCAUUAGACUCUAUGAGAGAGAUCACCUUGAACUCCAGCAGUGCAUAAAGAGACUGAGUCGUCUCGUUAAAACUUUUGAAGAAGAUUUCAGAUGUGCUACUGAAGCAUCCAGAAUUGGAGGAAUAGCAGGAAUAAGUGGAAGAGUCGCCAUGAUUGCAGGAUUAGCUUUAGCUCCAUUCACUCUGGGGGCUUCAGCUGUUGUCGGUGGAGCAGGAGCAGCGGUGGCUGCAGUUGGUGGAAUCGGUGGUGGAAUCUUCAAUUUCUUGAAAAUGAACCAGCAGGAAAAAAUAUGUCAAAACAUCAAAAAUGGACUUGAAGAAUUUCAGAACAAAAUCAUCCCUAUGAUUGACAUUUUGAAAGGCAUUUGUCAAUGCACUAAUGAAAUACUGAGCGAACUUAAUAAACCAGAGUACGAUAUCAGUGCUUUUAGUAAAUGUGUUGCCUCCGCCAGUGAAUUAAUAUGUAUGUAUGACAUUGAUAAAGUGGCUGCACAGUUGUCUAAAUUGGCUGGAACCCUGGAAGAAAUUUUUGCUGGUCUUGUGCACAACAUUCACUCAGUUAUCGAUGAUAACGAGGCCCUCGAUGACAUGGACAAUCUUGCAAAAAAUGGCCAAAUAAGUGAAAGUGAGAUCAAUACCAAUGCUGGGAAAUUCAUUGUUAAAAUGAGGAAAGUAAUUCAUGAGUUACAGAACAUCAUGGAUGAGCUUAAGAAAACAAAAGACAUAAUUGAAAAAGGAUUAAAACCAGAAAGAUCUUUAUUGACAAGAAUGUUUAAGUUAUAUAUUCCCUUGCUAUGUGUUCCGUUAAUUGGAAUUUUAUUUGCAUUUGACCUGUUGCCAGAGCUUAAUCUGUAAAAUCAGAGGUCCCGGAACAACAGGAGUUAUUCGAGUUAUUCAAGUUAAAGGUAACAGCACAUAUGUUCAAUCUCAGUCAGGAUUUCAUCCAGUUAUUUUGAUGAAAAAUUUCGGAAAAGGUUGACGUAUGAAUAAACUCUCUGUAUUAUUUAAUAUAAUGGGUAUAUAUAUUAUUUUGAAAAGUGAUUAUUUUUGGUUAUUUAAGUUUUGUUUACUUUGAGAAUCAUUACAAAGGGUUUUGAGGUAUGGUGGAUCCAAAAUGGUCAUUAUUCAUAUUCAUGCUUUUUAUUCAUAUUUCAUAUUAAUCAUUUAUGGCUUAUGAUUUAUCAACAUUAUCUUUGAUUUCAUAUAUGCAUGUACUCCUACUCCAUAUAUUAAGUAUUUACUCUUUAUUGUACUCAUUUAUGGUUAUUCUUCAUUGUAUCUUGUAUCUUUAAGAGUAUGUAUGCUUGCUUGUUAUGUCCCCUGGUGGCGUAGAGGUACGAGGAAGACUUACAUAAUAAAAUUUAAACACAACCCUUUUAA